AUGGAAGGGCUCGUGGAGGAAGUAAAGCCAAUGUUAUCAAAAUCAGUCGAUUCACUUGCGAAGUUAGAGUUAAUUGACAGCAUGACCAAAUUGGGGUUGUCCAACCUUUUUGAAAAUGAAAUGAAAGAAGCUCUUGAAAGAGUUGCGUCCAACAACAACGGCGUUUUCACCAUGGAAGAACAUCUCUAUGCCAGUGCACUUCGGUUUAGACUCCUUAGACAGCAUGGCCAUAUCGUUUCACAAAAUGAAUUAAGACGCUUCACAGAAGGAAGCAUCUUAUUCAAUAGAAGCAAUUGCGAAGAUGUUGAAGCUAUGAUAGAGCUUCUUGAGGCUUCACAUCUGGCUUUGGAAGGCGAAAACAUUUUGCAUGAAGCGAAAGCCUUCUCAACUGGGAUUCUCCGCGAGAGAGUCUCCAGUUUGGAUGGUCGGCUCUUCAAAUGCACCGUCCAUGCUUUGGAGAUUCCGUUGCAUUGGAGGGUGGUGGAGGGAUCUGGGACUCAUGAGCACGUGGACUUCACGAGGGAUCGGCUGGUCGAGAGUUUCUUGUGUGCCCUUGGACUCUCUCAGGAAACACGGCUCAGCUCGCUCCGUAAAUCUCUCACCAAAGUCGUCAUCUUGAUACUGGUGAUCGACGAUGUCUACGACCUUUAUGGCUCGUUGGAAGAGUUGGAAUGCUUUACCAGCGCCAUUACCAGAUGGGACUCGGAGCAGAUUCAACAGCUUCCCGAGUGCAUGAAGGUGUGUUUCCGAGCGCUUAACGAUGUUAUUCACGAGAUCGCUUAUGAUAUUGGCAAAGAUGAAGAAUGGCAUCUAGUGCUACCACAUCUCACGAAAGCCGUGGUAUCUCCUCGAAAUAUCAUGUCAUUCCUUUUCUUCCAGAUUAGAUGA